GUGGUUAACUCACUAAGUAUCGAUCGAUUGUAAAUAGGAUUAAUAAAUAAUGGCAACUUUUAAAUUAGUUGCCGUUCUUUUAUUCACCCUUUACUCCUCCUCAGUCCUUGGAGGCCCCCUCGAAUUUAGCAAUGUCACAAGCAAUAUCCCCGUCGAGGAUGACUCCUGGAGGGAGAAAGCCCUCGCCGACAUUGAAACCCAUCGAAAAACUGACCUUCGCGUGACCCUGACCGACUCCAAGGGUCGAGCACUAACCGAUGCGAAAGUUCAUUUCGAAAUGAAACAACAAGGCUUCCUUUUCGGCACAUGUGUCGGCGUUCGACAACUCAUGAUCGAUCUAUCCACCUCGGCCCGCUUCCAGCAAAUCAUCCUCAACAAUUUCAACACCAUUGUGUUCGAAAACGACUUGAAAUGGCCCCAGUGGCAAACCUCUCAAUCCAACAAUGACCAAAACCACCGGGUCAGCUGGACCAUGGACGCGAUUAACUGGGCCGCUCAGAGGAACAUUAAAACCCGAGGUCACGCCAUGCUCUGGGGUUCGUGGCGUUGGUCACCCUCCGAUAUCCCGAGGGACCCUCCCGGCCUGAGGGCAGCGAUCGCAAACCACGUUCAAGACAUCGGGUCACGCCUCCAAGGUCACCUAGUGGACUGGGACGUCCUAAAUGAACCCUAUUCUGAGAAUGAUUACACCAAUUUGCUAGGGCUGGAUGAGGUGAUCACCUGGUUCAGGGCCGCUCGUCAGGCCGACGGUCAAGCCAAACUGUUCCUGAACGACUACCCCCACCCAGGAGAUAGCAACUUUGUCAAUUACGACACUGAAGUGCUCCGUCGCCUGGUUCAGGGAGGGGCCCCAGUGCAAGCCUUUGGGAUUCAGGGGCACGUAGGCACGGAACCUUGGAACAUUCAACAGUAUCAGAAUAUGAUGAACUCUUUCGCCAACACGGGGGUUGACCUGGCCGUUACAGAGUACGACACAGAAAUCAGUAAUGAACAGACGGAUGCGAAUUUCCUGCGGGAUUUCAUGCUUGCCACCUUUGCCCACCCGAGGAUGAAGGAAUUCCUUGUUUGGGGUUUCUGGGACAGCGUCCAUUGGAAGGGACGUGCCCCCUUUUUCAGGGCCGAUUGGACAGAGAAGCCUGCCCUUGUUGUCUAUCGAGAUUUAGUUUUCAAUCAAUGGUGGUCCAAUGUAACGGGGAGAACGGAUCAGGAUGGAUUCUAUUCACAUCGGGUAUUCCAGGGGGAGUAUGAUAUCCACGUGACUACGUCAGUGGGUAAGAGUCAGACCUUCAAGACUACCGUGUCCCAUGGACAGACUGCUCAGUCACUUUCGCUUGUUCUUGAUUAAUUUUUCUAAAUUUCGCCAUUCGUAACCCAACAAAAAUAAUAUUUACCAUACUCCCACCACCAUCCUUAUCAAAAAGUAAAGUAAAAAAUUGUGUCAAUAAAGAAAAGAAAUUAAAGUUGCAAA